GAGGUGAUAACAAUGGCUGCAUUUUGCAGUUUGAAGAAUUUUUGUGAAUAUGAAACUUCUAAAGUUGUCCGUUUUCAGAGCGUUUCCUAUGGGAGUUUGAAAUGGACCUUCCAUAUGGUUGUCUUCCUGUAUGUUUGUUAUGUGCUUGUCACCGACAAACGAUAUCAGAAAAAGGACUCUGUGAUCAGCUCAGUUCAUACUAAAGUGAAAGGAGUAGUUCAAACUGACUCAAGAAUCUGGGACACGGCCGAAUACACUAUUCCCAUGCAGGGAAUAGACUCUUUUUUCGUGAUAACCAACAUAAUUAUGACAGAAAAUCAGUUUCAAAGUGUUUGCCCUGAGUACCCCAUUGCCAAAGCUGUCUGCUCUUCAGAUGCGAGCUGUGAAAAAGGACACAUGAACCCCCAGAGUAAUGGAGUUCAGACAGGAAGAUGUGUAAAGUAUAAUGCAACAAUUAAAACCUGUGAAGUCUCUGCCUGGUGCCCUGUGGAAUCAAUGAAAGGUGCCCCAGUGCCUGCCAUUCUGAAGAGUGCUGAAAACUUCACAGUACUAAUAAAGAACAAUAUCCACUUCCCAAAAUUUAAUCACACUGCAAGAAACUUUUCACCAAAAUUGAAUAUUUCGUGCACAUUCAACAAGAUAACUGCACCAGGCUGCCCAAUUUUCCAGCUGGGAGGUAUUCUCCAAGCAAUAGGAGAAAAUUUUUCAGAGAUGGCAAUUCAGGGUGGAAUCAUGGGCAUUGAGAUUAACUGGGACUGUAACCUGGACAAAUGGUUCUACCGCUGCAGUCCAAAGUACAGUUUUCGUCGCCUUGAUGACAAAACAACGCCUGAAUACCCUGGUUACAACUUCAGAUUUGCAAAGUACUACAAACGGCCCAAUGGGCAGGAGGAACGGACGCUGAUCAAAGCCUAUGGGAUACGAUUUGAUAUCCUUGUCUUCGGCACAGCUGGACGGUUUAACAUCUUUGAGCUGCUGGUGUACAUCGGGUCUGUGCUGUCCUACUUUGGCUUGGCUCAGUUCGUUAUUGAUUUUCUUAUUACUUCAUACACUUAUCCCUGCUGCAAAGCAUCCAUCAAGGAAUAUUACUUCAGGAAGAAGUGCGAGUCUGCUCUGGGGCCAAAAUGGACCCUGAUGUACGUGUCAUAUGUUGAUGACCCGCACAUUAUUCUGGUAGACAAACCGUUGAGCACAAGUCUGCAGAACGUUAAAGGCGAGAUUGUUCAGUUGCCAGGAGACACUGGGGCUUUUACUGACACAACCAAGCUCGCAGCACAGUGUUCCAACCGGGUCCCUGUCUUAGCAAAAGCCCAUGAGAUGCAACCCCUUAAAAGCGAAGGGCAAACGUCUCCAUCCCACGACCGCCCUUCUUGGUGCUGCUGUGGGAAAUGCCACCAAACACAGUCUUUCCGGGAGCAGCUCUGCUGCCGAAGAAAAGAAGGGUCAUGCAUUACAACCUCGGCUUUGUUUGAGCAGCUCGUUCUUUCCAGAUCAGCACUGGAGUUUAUCCUGCUUUACAAAGAGCCCUUGUUGGACUUGAAUACUGACACCCUCAAUAACGAGCUUCGUCACUGUGCUUACAGACAGUAUAUUCACUGGCGUUUUGGCUCUGCUGAGGUGGAGAGCAGUGCCCUGAUACCAAGUUGCUGCAGGUGGAAGAUCAGAGAAACUUAUCCCAGUGAGGAUGGCAAGUAUGCUGGUUUAAAGAGGAAGAAUUAACCUUUAUUAAGCCUCUAUUAUAUAGCUCCAGAACAACAAUGCAGCUUAUUUCUCACAGUUAAACCCCCUUAAUUUAUCUUCGGAGACAUUUUUAAAAAGAAAAGCAUGUGAUUUCUCAGAAUCUGCUGCCGUAUGACUGAAUUCCGUAUUCUGUGUUAUUAAUGAGGCAGUAUUAGCUAAUGAUUAGUGCAGGAGGCUGGGAGUCAGGAGUCUUGGGUUCUGUUCCUCACUCCACCGCUGACACUCUCCGUGACCUCGGACAGGGCACAUAGCCCAUAGCUUUAAAAUCUUGCCCCAAUUUUUGCAUGCCCAGUAUUGGACACCUUGGCCCUGAUGUUCAGAGGUGCUGAGUACUCAACAUUCCAGCUGAAAACUAGACUGCACCAACAGCUACCUCAAGGUGAGAACCCAAACAUUCAAGGAACCAAAAGUAGAGGACAUUUGAAAAUUUGACCCGUAACUUCUUAGUGUCUCAGUUUCUCCAUCUGUCAAAUAGGGAUAAUACCUACCUACCUUAGUAAAAGGGCUUUUGAGCCUUGGAUGAAAGAUGCUUUAGAACUGCAGAGUAUUAUUGUUUGCUCAGGCUCGGUCCUGCAAAUCAUUAUUCAUGUGUGUUGUCUGUAGUCACACAAGCAGUCCUAAGGUCCAGAGAAUGGGCCUGCAGGAUUGAGCCCCUUGAGGGUGUAUUUCAUAGACAGAGUCCUGCACAAACUGUGUGGCAUUUCAGAUUCUUUCAGCUUUAUGGUUGAUCAAAUCUGUUACCAGAGGAAACCAGCUCACUUUGGGUGACGUUAGUAACACAGGAAAAGCAUUUUUAACCAUACAGUUAUGAUGUAGAUAGUAUCAGAGGGGUAGCCAUGUUAGUCUGGAUCUGUAAAAGCAACAAACCUCUCUGAUUGAACUAACCUCAUUAUCUCUAGCUUGCUUGCAUAUAUAUACCUGCCCCUGGAGAUUUCCACUCCAUGCAUCUGAUGAAGUGGGUAUUCACCCACGAAAGCUCAUGCUCCAAAACGUCUGUUAGUCUAUAACGUGCCACAGGAUUCUUUGCUGUUUAUGUAGAUAGUGCCCUUUUAAGCAUAAACUCAGGAAUUGAAAUGGACAACAUUUUUACUGCCUUUCUACCUUAUUUUCAGAAGCCUUGGAUCAAAUUCUGUUGACAUUUACUCUGGUGCUAAUUCAUGAUGUCAUUAUGGUGGUAUCUGUGUAACUGAGAGCAGACUUUAGCCUCAUGUUUGCUAUAAGUUCAUGUGGGGCCACAUACCGUUCAGGAUGCUCACUUAGCUUCCCAGUGAGUUGCAUAGCAGUAUGCAGUCUCAGGGCAGUAUAUGUGGCCCCGAGCCUGCAAAUAAAUGAUGGAUUAACUUGUGCAUUGAUUCCUAUUUUUUCUUGUGCUUUGACUCAAUCUGACUAGUUAUUUUUGCAGCAAUGCGGCAAGGUGGAUAUUAAUUAGUGUAUACUGGGCCAAUUUUAGCUCUGCAUUAUUGUAAAUCUGCGCAACUCCAUAGUUUAUGUUUUUAAUUUUGUACAUAUUUUUAAAACUGGUGUCUGGAAAAAUAUUCCAGCUCUAGUUGCAUUUCCAAUGGUAGUAUGUAUUAAUGGCACUGACAUUCAUGUGACAGCAUCUCAUUGCAGCUAUGGAUUGGGAUUGUGUUAUUUGUGUAAUGUUGGCACUGAUACAUUCCUGUACUAAUAUAUAUUGGUUAGCACACUUCCUUUGCUUUUGGAAAUACUGAUGUCGGAACAUGGAAUGUUUGUUUAGGACUGUCUUUUUAAGGACCUGUUAAAUACAUUCUUCUGCUCAUUCUGCAACCCUUGUUAUCUUGCCGUUAGUUUUGACUGAGUUUUUCCAUUAAUAAAUACAGUGUUUAAUCAAUCCAUA